GUGAAGUAGUGUUUGAACAACGAUUGAAACGAUAGCUUAUAUUUACAGAAUAGCUUCUUUCCUAAAGAAAAAUAUAAUGUCAAGUGCGAAAAUCUUUGCGAUAUUGAUCGCAAUUUUUUGUUUGGAAAAUCAUUUAGCUUUAAGCGAAUAUUGUUACGUUGACGAUCGAAAUCCCUUUUUGUUGUUCAGCACGAAAACUGCCUAUGAGCACGUUCAUGGUAUCAUAACCGAUUCCAAACUGCCAAAUUGUAAACCAUUGCAAAUUUGGAUGAUACUCAGACACGGAACUCGGAAUACCGGCAAACAUUGGAUUAAAAAAUUAAAAAAUGACUUGCCACAGAUUCAACGUGCUAUCAUCGAGAAUCACGACAAUUGCAAAUUGUGCGAAAAAGAUUUUAACAGAAUAAAAGAGUGGAACGGAUAUAAACCUCUACAAAAGAAAAAGGCUGCACGAUUGACAAAGCAGGGUAAACAAGACAUGUUUUUCCUUGGCUUACGAUUUAAGAAUUAUUUCCCGGAACUUUUCCAAUCUCGUUCAAGCAACAGUUUGGAGAAACUGUAUCAAUUUAGAUCGACGAAAACUCAACGAACAGUAGCUAGCAUGGAAAAUUUCAUCAAAGGCCUUUUUAACAACGUAACCUUCAACAAUAUAAAAGUUGUAGGAAUCCCUCAAGACACUCUGUUACAAUAUUACAAAAUUUAUGAACCAUAUUUGAACGAAACGGCUAACACAACAGAGAUGUGGGCUGAAAGUGAUGAAUUAACACAAAGCGAUGAAUACAAUCAAAUGAUGAACAACAUUAGUCAACGGCUUGGCUUGUCAAACAAUAUAUCGGAAGAAGUUUUCACUCAAAUCGAAGACGUGUACACCAUUUGCCUGUUCGAGAGCGCUUGGUACAUCAACGAAAAAUCUCCCUGGUGCGCCCCGUUUACAAAGGAAGAUAUAGAAUGGUUUCAGUACAGGGAUGAUAUGUAUUUUUAUUAUCUUUACGGUUAUGGUCAGCAAAUGAGAAACGAUGUUGGGUGUCCACCGUUGAAGGAUCUCUUCAAUCAUUUUUCAAAUUUGGAAAAUGGAAAUAAGGACGAACCGAAAGGUAUUUUUUACUUCACCCACAGUGCUGCUCUUCAAUUGCUCCUGUCCACGUUGGGAUACGCGAAAGACUCGGAGCCUUUGGUACACGAUACGAACAUCGAUAAGGCGAAAACAAGAAAAUGGUACACAGCGAAUCUGACGCCAUUCGCUGCGAAUUUAGCGGCCAUUUUUUACAAAUGCGAUGAAGGUUUCAAGGUGAAACUUUAUUUAAACGAGAGACCAUUAGAUUUCGAAGGAUGCCCCCGAGGCACGUGCGAAUGGACUCAUUUCAAGAAGAUAUUGAAGAAUAUUGCGAUCAACUGUGAAAUGGAUAAAAAUGACAUGUAAUUAUCGUUAAAUUUUUGUUUUAAAAUCAUCGUAUGACAAACGUCACGUGAAAGAUACCUGAACGUAUAUGUACACGUUGAAAUCAACGAAGCUAUGACGGCGACCUUAUAUUACUGUCAUACGAAGCUGGCAUGAUGAACGAUACGGUCAUACGUUAUGACACUUUCAAAUUUAGUCACGUUUGCAUUAUCGUUAAAAUUAUUAUGCCCCAUCUUUGGAGAUUUUAAUUCGUGCGUAUUGUUUGAUAGUUAUUUCUUUUAUUUCUUUAAUCCAAUUCACAGAUUUUUACAAAUGUAAUUUAUGUGCCACACAAAUUUAGAAUAUCAGGGUUAAUGUAUUAAAUAAGUUGUUUUAUAUGAUAUAUUUUAUACAACCUUCUUUAAUAAAUUAUACGAUUAUUUGA